UGACCACUCAGCUUGUCCGCGGGCCGCCAUCACUGCAACGACGGCAGCAAGGGAUUUUAUUUGGACCGCAGGGAUUCUUGCUAACAGCUCUCAGCUGCAACCAUAACUAUGUCCAAACGGUGAAAACUCGCUUUUAUGCCGUGCUAAUUUCGUUCAGCGAAGAAAGACCGAACAUGGAUAUUGGGAAUAAUCAUUCUUCCUCUGUGAUCGUCGUCGUUUUGUUAUAAGGUCCAUGGCAAGACGAAGUUCAGUUCUCGAACUUGGUCAGUUACCAACCAGGAAAUCAAAAUGACACUCUGUGCUAGUUUGGUUACUUUGGCUUUGGCCGCCGCGUCGUACGCCAACCCGGUUUCUAGAGCCAACACUGGCUAUGUCCAAGCCUCUGGUCAAGGUUUCACCCUCAACGGUGAACCUUAUACUGUGUUCGGUUCAAACUCUUAUUGGGUUGGUUUGACCGAACUCGACACCACGGACAUGGACACCACCUUUGCUAAUAUCGCAGCUACAGGCGGAACUACUGUCCGAACCUGGGGUUUCAACGACGUCACUACAGCCAGUGGUGAUUACUACCAACUCUGGGAUGGUAGUACUGCAACCAUUAACUAUGGCGCUACUGGAUUGGAGAACUUUGACAACGUCGUUGCUGCUGCUGCGAAAUACAACAUUCGCCUCAUCGUGACUCUGACUAACAACUGGGACAACUACGGUGGAAUGGACGUAUAUGUCGACCAGAUCCUUGGCGAGGGUCAGCCGCACGAUUACUUCUACACCAACUCUGAAGUUAUUGCCGCAUACCAAAACUACGUCAAGGCCUUUGUCAGCCGCUAUCUUACUGAACCAACCAUCUUCGGUUGGGAGCUUGCCAAUGAACCGCGAUGCACGGGUUCGACGAACGCAACUUCUGGAACUUGCACCACUACCACUAUCACCGAAUGGAUCAAGACUAUGUCGGCUUAUAUCAAAUCAAUCGACACUAACCAUUUGGUUGGCCUUGGCGAUGAGGGCUGGUUCAACGAUGCCAACAGCACUGAUUAUGCUUACGAUGGCUCUCAAGGUAUCGACUUCAAUGCCAACCUUGCCGUCGAUACCAUUGACUUUGGUACCUUCCACGUGUAUCCCUUCACAUGGGGAGAAGACACUGACCCAAUUGAGUUCGGUACUGAGUGGAUUGAGAACCACAGAGACUCACAGGCGACCUACAACAAACCCGUGCUCAUGGAAGAAUUCGGUGUCUUCGUCGACCAGAACCAGACUGAGACUUACGAGAACUGGUACUCCACCGUCAUCGAUGGUGGCCUAGCUGGUGUCCUGAUCUGGCAAGCUGGGUCGAACUUGACCAAUGGUGCAACUCCCGACGACGGGUUUGCGAUUUACCCUAACACCACUAUCUACUACAUGGAGCAGGACUAUUCUGCGCAACUCAAGGCCAGAAAUGAUGCUUAA